AACCGCAUAAGGUGCCCUGUUAACCAAACACAAGGAAGAAUCGAGAGCGUUGCAGUGAGUAGGUGUGCGUGUCAUCGCGCUUUUGGCAGAAAACAUAAUCAAUUCAUCAUCCGAAACGCAAGGAGGGAAUAGAAAGUGUUAAAAACCCAAACAGUACCCAAACACAUGGCAGAGCGUGUGUUCCUCACUCAUCCUUCGCUCACUUUACCAUCUCAACCGUUUCCAACAACUAGAAUGGCCUCCACCGCCACAGCCGCCAUCGCUGCCUCACGCAUUAUUCCCUCCGCCACCGCACUCUCCUCUUCAGCUUCCCGCUCCUUCUUCUCCUCCUCUUCCACUUCUCGUUCCUCGCUCAAAUGCCUCCACCUUCACUCUUCUUCUCGUAUCUCUCACCUCUUCGUCAAUCAGCGAAGAGCUGAGGUUCGUGUUUCGAGUGGAGACUAUGCAACGGUUUCUUCUCCGAAGUCGUUGGCGUCUGAUCCUGACCAGCUGAAGAGUGCUCGAGAAGAUAUCAAGGAGCUUCUCAGGACAAAGUUCUGCCAUCCGAUUCUGAUUCGUUUGGGAUGGCAUGAUGCUGGUACCUACAAUAAGAAUAUUGAGGAAUGGCCACAGAGAGGUGGUGCUAAUGGUAGUUUAAGAUUUGAAGUUGAGCUGAAACAUGCAGCCAAUGCUGGACUCGUGAAUGCAUUGAAGCUUAUUCAGCCAAUCAAAGACAAAUAUGCUCGUGUGACAUAUGCAGACUUAUUUCAGUUGGCUGGUGCUACUGCUGUUGAGGAAGCUGGAGGCCCAAAAAUCCCUAUGAAAUAUGGAAGAGUGGAUGUCUCAUCACCUGAACAAUGUCCUGAAGAAGGCAGACUUCCAGAUGCUGGUCCUCCCUCACCGGCUGAUCAUUUGCGUCAAGUUUUCUACAGAAUGGGUUUGAAUGACAAGGAAAUUGUUGCAUUAUCUGGUGCGCACACACUGGGAAGGUCCAGACCUGAACGAAGUGGCUGGGGCAAGCCUGAGACUAAAUAUACAAAAGAUGGACCAGGAGCACCUGGAGGACAAUCCUGGACAGUACAAUGGUUGAAGUUUGAUAACUCAUACUUCAAGUACAUCAAGGAAAAAAAGGAUGAAGAUUUAUUGGUAUUGCCAACAGAUGCUGUUCUUUUUGAGGAUCCAUCCUUCAAGGUUUAUGCUGAGAAGUAUGCUGAGGAUCAGGUAGCAUUCUUCAACGAUUAUGCUGAAGCCCAUGCCAAGCUAAGCAACCUUGGUGCAAAAUUUGAUCCUCCAGAGGGCAUAGUAUUAGAUCCUUCUCCAAAGCCACAAGCAGAGAAGUUUGAAGCAGCAAAGUACUCAACUGGAAAGGAUUAAAAACAAGUGUCAUGUUUUCUUGUCCCAGUAUCUUCUUUUAGUAAUACAGGAAGAAGUAUUUUCAAAUCAUGUGAUAUCCAUGUAAAAUUUGGAAGUCUUAAAUGAAGAAGAAAGGAAUAAAAAAUUCAAUAGUGUGCCUAUUUGAAUUGCAGAGAGAGCUAUCUGAUGCUAUGAAGCAGAAGAUUCGAUCUGAGUAUGAGGCAAUUGGUGGAAGCCCAGAUAAGCCCCUACAGUCAAACUAUUUUCUUAAUAUCAUGAUUAUCAUUGCUGUUUUGGCACUUUUGACAUCA